AUGGUUGAAGAAGAGUAUAAAGAAUAUACAAAGAUAGAAAAACUUGGCGAAGGUACGUAUGGUGUCGUUUAUAAAGCAAGAGAUAAGAAAACCGGAAAGAUUGUAGCAUUAAAGAAGAUUCGAUUGGAUGAAGAAGUGGAAGGUAUUCCGCCAACUUCGAUUCGAGAAAUUUCAUUAUUAAAGGAAGCUUCCAAGAAUAAAAAUAUCAAAAUUUAUCAAGGAACUCCCACCGUCUGGAAUGGAUUCAUAUACAAUGCAGAUGGAACAUUGUUUUUACACAUGCAUCGUAUUUUCCAUCGUGAUUUGAAACCGCAAAAUUUAUUGAUUGAUGAAAAUGGAGAUUUGAAAUUAGCAGACUUUGGAUUAGCAAGAGCUGUUGGUGUUCCGAUGAGACCGUGUACCCAUGAGGUUGUUACGCUUUGGUAUAGAGCUCCUGAAAUCUUAUUCGGUUCUCGAAGUUAUUCUUUCGCUAUUGACAUGUGGAGUAUUGGAUGUAUUUUCGCGGAAAUGUCACUUCGAAAGCCAAUGUUUGCAGGGGAUUCUGAAAUUGACGAACUUUUUAGAAUUUUCAAAAUUCUAGGAACACCCAAUGAAGAAGUAUGGCCUGAAAUUAUAAAUUUUCCAGAUUACAAGACGAACUUCCCUAAAUGGAGACCGAAAUUACUGAGCGAUUAUGUUCCGGGGAUGGGGCCGCUUGCCAUUGAUUUGCUUUCUAAAAUGCUGGUUUAUGAUCCAACUUAUCGAAUCUCUGCCAAGCGUGCUAGGGCUCACCCAUAUUUCACCAACAAACAUUAUUAG